CCCGCUCUCCGGCAUCGGACCGGCCAUGUGGUGCCUGCACUGCAGCUCCGAGCGGACCCAGUCGCUGCUGGAGCUGGAGCUGGAGCUGGACAGCGGUGUGGAGGGCGAAGCUCCGAGCAGUGAGACUGGCACGUCCCUGGACAGCCCCUCUGGGUACCACCAAGGGCCGAUAACCCACAGCUCAGCCAUCAGCCCAGACCACUACGACCCCUCUCCCUACGGGCUCUACUCCAUCUCCCCGGGACAGCGGGCACGGAGGCCCAAACUGCAGCACUCCACGUCCAUCCUGCGCAAACAGGCCGAGGAAGAAGCUAUCAAAAGGUCAAGAUCGCUUUCUGAGAGCUAUGAACUCUCCUCAGACCUACAAGAUAAGCAGGUGGAGAUGCUAGAACGGAAGUAUGGGGGCCGUCUCAUAACCAGACAUGCUGCUCGCACCAUCCAAACCGCCUUUCGCCAGUAUCAGAUGAACAAGAACUUUGAGCGUCUCCGAAGUUCUAUGUCUGAAAAUCGCAUGUCAAGGCGCAUCGUCCUGUCCAAUAUGAGAAUGCAGUUUUCCUUUGAAGGACCUGAGAAAGUCCACAGCUCUUACUUUGAAGGGAAACAAGUUUCUGUUACAAACGAUGGGUCAAAGCUGGCAUCCCUGGUACCGUCUGAAUGCGAUGACCUUGGAGAAACAGCUACGAUGAAGUCUCCAGCAGCAUCGACUGAUUUCACUGAUGCUAUAACGGAACUGGAGGAUGCCUUUUCCAGGCAGGUGAAAUCCCUUGCGGAAUCCAUCGAUGAUGCACUGAACUGCCGUAGCCUGCACUCUGACGAAAUCCAGGCUGCAGAUCAGGUCAGAAGUCGUGAAAUGGAGAGGGACAGUUGUGCUCCAGCCAAACCAGCAGUCCACAAUGUGGAUCACAGGAAGCUGGAUGAGAUGACAGCGUCAUACAGCGAUGUCACGUUGUACAUCGACGAGGAGGAGUUGUCCCCACCCCUUCCCCUAUCCCAGUCCGUGGACAGGCCGUCCAGCACGGAGUCGGAUCUGAGGCUCCGCUCCGUGAACUCUUCCCAAGAAUACUGGUCCAUGACCCACAAAGAUGAUAAGAUAGACACUGAUACGAGCUGCAGGAGUACCCCGUCCCUGGAAUGUCAGGAGCAGAGGAUGAGGAUGGAUCACCUACCAUUGCUAACUAUAGAGCCACCCAGUGACAGCUCCGUGGACUUGAGCGAUCGCUCGGAGAGAGGCUCAUUAAAGAGACAAAAUGCCUAUGACCGGGGCAUCACCAGUCAACAGGGAAGCCCAAAACAUAUCCCUCACAGUAUUCCUGCCAAGAUCAUCACCCGGGAGGAGCAGGAGGCAAGACACAGGGCCAGGCCUAUAGACAGUCAUUUAGCCAUCAAUGGCACAGCAAACAGGCAGAGCAAAUCCGAGUCGGAUUAUUCCGACGGAGACAAUGACAGCAUCAACAGCACUUCCAACUCGAAUGACACAAUAAAUUGCAGCUCAGAAUCUUCUUCUAGAGACAGCCUAAGGGAGCAAACCUUGAGCAAACAAACCUACCACAAAGAGACUCGCAACAGCUGGGAUUCCCCUGCCUUCAGUAACGAUGUUAUCAGGAAACGCCACUAUAGGAUCGGGCUGAACCUUUUUAACAAAAAACCUGAAAAAGGAGUCCAGUACCUCAUAGAGCGAGGAUUCGUGCCAGAUACCCCAGUUGGUGUUGCCCACUUUCUGCUGCAGAGGAAAGGGCUCAGCAGGCAGAUGAUCGGGGAAUUCCUGGGAAAUCGGCAGAAGCAGUUCAACAGGGAUGUGCUGGACUGUGUGGUGGAUGAGAUGGACUUCUCAACCAUGGAACUGGAUGAAGCACUCAGGAAAUUUCAGGCUCAUAUCCGUGUCCAGGGAGAAGCCCAGAAGGUGGAACGGCUCAUUGAAGCUUUCAGCCAGAGAUACUGUAUCUGCAACCCAGGGGUGGUGAGACAGUUCCGGAAUCCCGACACCAUCUUCAUCCUGGCCUUUGCCAUCAUCCUGCUCAACACAGACAUGUACAGCCCAAACGUGAAACCAGAGCGGAAAAUGAAGCUGGAGGACUUUGUCAAGAACCUGAGGGGUGUGGAUGACGGGGAGGACAUCCCUCGGGAGAUGCUCAUCGGGAUCUACGAGCGCAUCCGCAAGCGGGAGCUGAAAACCAACGAGGAUCACGUGUCCCAGGUGCAGAAGGUGGAAAAACUCAUCGUGGGGAAGAAACCGAUUGGAUCUCUGCACCAUGGACUUGGUUGUGUGCUCUCCCUACCCCACAGGAGGCUUGUUUGCUACUGUAGGCUCUUUGAAGUUCCAGAUCCCAAUAAGCCUCAGAAGCUUGGAUUGCACCAGCGAGAAAUAUUUUUAUUUAAUGAUCUUCUUGUGGUGACCAAGAUUUUUCAAAAGAAGAAGAACUCAGUUACAUACAGUUUUCGACAGUCGUUUUCUCUCUAUGGAAUGCAAGUCCUUCUCUUUGAGAACCAGUAUUAUCCCAACGGUAUCCGGCUCACGUCAGCCGUGCCAGGAGCAGACAUCAAAGUGCUCAUCAACUUCAAUGCCCCGAACCCUCAGGACAGGAAGAAGUUCACAGAUGAUUUGAGGGAGUCGAUUGCAGAAGUUCAGGAAAUGGAAAAGCACAGAAUAGAGUCUGAGCUGGAGAAGCAGAAGGGGGUGGUGCGUCCCAGCAUGUCCCAGUGCUCCAGCCUGAAAAAGGACUCUGGGAAUGGGACCCUGAGCAGGGCCUGCCUGGAUGACAGCUACGCCAGCGGGGAGGGGCUGAAGCGGAGCGCGCUGAGCAGCUCGCUCAGAGACCUGUCCGAAGCAGGCAAGCGUGGGCGCCGCAGCAGUGCAGGAUCGCUAGACAGCAAUAUGGAAGGGUCCAUCAUUAGCAGUCCUCACAUGCGCCGAAGAGCUACAUCAACCCGAGAGUGUCCAUCUCGCCCUCACCAGACUAUGCCCAACUCCUCCUCACUCCUAGGGUCCUUAUUUGGUAGCAAAAGGGGGAAGCCACCUUCCCAAGGCCAUCCACCAUCCGGCUCAUCACAGCAGCCCGCGCACCCCCACCACCACGGGCCGCCACCGCCCCCCUCCACCUCCGCCAGCACCAAGCCCAAACACAGUGGCAUCAGCACAAUAGUCUAGGACAGAGACCCCCCGCUAACUAGAGUUUUAAACUGAGUCACAAAGGCACUUACAGGAAGCAACAAAUCAUCAUAUUGCCAGUUUUUACCUAGACAGUUUCAUUGAGCCGGGUGAGCUUAAAGGCUUGCUGUUACUAAAUAAAAUAAUGCCAGUUAGUGGUUUUACUUAUCUGCUGGAUAGAUGUCCACCAUCUGGUUAGUUCUUAUUUCCAAACUGCCUUGAAAACAUGCUGCUUGCUGAAUCUGACUGAAGCUACCUUUUACACCAAAUCCCUUGACAAUUUUACACGUGUAACGAAACGUUAGUCUAUGAAAAAAAAAGGAAAAAAAAAGUGAGACAGAACCAAGUAUUGCAUUCUUGCUCUUUUAUUCUCAAUGGGCAAAAAAAAUAAGUAGACCUGAUAUGGUUGAUGAAAGUACGUAAGUAAACUUUAUAUAAUAUAAAUAUAUACAUAUAAAUAUAUAUAUAUAUAUACUGUAUAGUUAACAUUUGUGCUUGGAAAGAAAUUUUUUCAGUCCACAAAACUAGCAAUAUAGACUUUACAAGGAAUUCCACUUACUUGAUAGGACAGUAUAGUAGAUGAAUAGCAUAUGAAAGAGUAGACCAAAACAUUAAACGUUAGAAACAAAUUUCAGACAUUUCAGUGUUUUCAUUGCGAGUCCUCCAGACUCACUGGGAUUUCUAAGCAAUCAUUACUAAAUGUGCCAAGUAACAUAGCAUUUAACUGUCGUAGUCAAUACUGCUUUGUAUAAAUCCUUAUUUUAUUAACACGAUGAUAUCAUAUGUAAUCAGUAUUAUAACUGCUCUGCUAUUUCAGGUAAGCAAGCUCGUUAAGAUGCAGUAAUUAUACCGUAGCAAUGUAGGGGGGCCACUUCCCAGUGGUCACCCUCAAGCAUUGGUCACACAAGUUCUUAGACACUUUAAAGGCUGUGAUAACUGUGAAUUUACAUGAUCCACAUUUCUUUUGUAUGCAUAUGGAUUUAAGGAACACCCGGGAAGAGUUACGACAGGUGCAUGUACACACUGCAAAAACAUUCAUCUCAGACAUGAAAAUGGCCAACUUCCAUCCUCCUCAGCUACUUUGUUUCCCGUUUACCAUAAUUUCUCAUUUUUACCCCCAGUGAAGCUGAAUUCUAGUCAAGAGUGUUUCCAGGUGGAAGUGCUCUAAAAACUUGAAGGUUUGUUUUAGAAUUUAGUAUAGGGUUUUUAUAUAUAUAUAUAUAUAUAUAUUAAAAAAUCUGUAAUUCCAUGUAGCCAUGUGCUAGCAACAAAGUGGCUUUACCAUUUUUACUCAUCACAUUUGUUAGUUUGAAGCACCCAGCACUCAGCAGGCUGAGUUUAUGCUCAAACCCUCACUUCCAUAGUCCAGUUAGUUGCAAGACAUCACAUAAAAAUAGGCUGUGCUGUUGUUGCUUAUGUGUUGUAACCAAACCAUUUGCAAAUUUAUAUACAGUUUUUAUCCCGAAAUCCUGUACAAAGUUAUACAUGGCGCCUACUUUGUAGUUUCAGCACUUUGAGCCACUGCAAGGACUUUACACCUAAACAGUAGAGACAGAGAAUCACAACUGCAAAACUGUACCAGCCUAAAAGCAAACCUUGAAGAGGAUGAGCAAAAAGUUCCAGUAAGAGAUGGGUAAAAUAAUCAUAUAACAACCAGUGGGGUUUCUGUUGAACAGUAACGGGGUUGUCAGCAGUGAUGAGGACGUGAGAACAACGGAGUGGCUUUCCAUGCUGGCUGGCUCAUGGCACCUCUGGCGUGCGGGGAGGGGGGAGAGGUUCAGUAUUUUUUUCCCUUUCAUACCAUUGAUAUCACAAUACCAGCAAAACUGCAAACUGAGCACUUUGUUAACUCCACAGAGAGCAAAUACAGCAAUCUAGAGUUGAGCCUUUUGUUUCGAGCUGUCCACGUUUGUUUUGCACAUGUGCAAUAUGUUUUCCCCUUCUGCACCUUCUCCUCUGAAUUACCUUCAUGAAAAGAAAACAAGUAUUAUUUUUCUGUUUCACUCAUUCUGUUCUAAAUUCUGCGGCUUCGGGGUCCCCCGAGGCUCUGUUCCUUGCAGUUUAAAAAAUAUAUACUGUUCUUAUAAGGGAAAGUAGACCUGUCUGCAUGUCAUCUAAUGUUACUAGUGUGAGGCUACACUCUACAUAUUGUAUAUUUGCAAAAUAUAUCAGUGUUACUGUUGAUAUUAGUUGAAGUAAAGUGAUAACAUAUUUCAAUAUGUAGACUUUUCUUCAUACAUCUGUACCAAUAGUAGAGUCUAACUGUAAUUUAUAGGUUGUUCCAGAAAAGAUAAAGAACCAUUCAAGUACAAACAUCUUUCAGAAACUGCAUCUUUUAAUUAAAAUAGAGGUAAGAAUGCUCCUCUUCACUGAGUGAUGGAGUCUAUACGUGUUUCAGAUGCAGAGGCAUAAUGUAAGAUAGUGUGUGUAUGGAAUAAAGGCACAAUAUGCAGUAGCAGUGGAGAGGAAAAUUUGACUCCAGCUGUGUUGAUUAACGCUGCAGAUGUUAAAUCACCCAGAUCUGCAUUUGCUUUAUGUUUAAAGACCCCUUUCAUUCAUUUAAAUUAGAGUUACAUAGAAAGAUUCUGUACUUAAACAGUAAAAGCCACAUUUUAAUGCUUUGACCACUGAUUUUCCAUGUGCAGUCAAUGUAUCUGUGAAUCAGAAUAUUGAGAUGUCACUGUGCAACACUGACAUGUGGGUUUGUGUCCCCGUGGGGAAGGAGCCCGAGCCUGCCCUGGGGCUCAGUUGCACCUGUGAGAUCCCAUCCUCUGAGCCCGGCUUAAAAACCAAAGCUGGGCCUAAGGAGUACUGCAUUUGUACCCUCUGUUCUUUCGAGCCAAUGAGGAGAAACAGUGGACUUGACUUACUUGUUUCUAGUUUUGUUCUGUUUUGGGUUUUAGACUAUAUGUUUGUAUGUACUUUACCAAAGUGUCUUGGUGUCAGCAUAAGGCUUAAGAACUUUGGUGCUUGUUUAGGGUUGCAGUGAAACCUCUCUGAUCCGUCCUUGAUUAGAGCAGUGUGGGUCAUGCCUAGCAUAGGAAAGUUAUCUUACUUAACACUGCAUGGGGUUAAGAAAAUUAAUUUUUCAGCCUGCAGGCAGGAGUAGAAUUGAGAGGGUUUUUUCUCAGAUGCCAUUGCCAAUUAAAAACUGGUACAGAACUGCAUAGGGUGACCAUGGCUGUCUCUUCCCAUAAACCAUGUGGCAAAGUAGUAAUGCUGAUUUGAAAAAAUGAAAGGGAAAUGUUAAGAGUGAAGGUGUGGCAGCAAAAAUCUUUUCUGGGACAACAAUUAAAUAUAUAUUUGGGGGUUUUAUUUUUUUAAGUUAAGAAUGAAAUGUAAAACAAUGUAAAAACAAAAAACAAAGUUCAUCCUAAUAUAAUGUGCGUCUUGUAUUGCUAAAAAAAAAAAGAGCCUAACAUACAGUGUAGAAUGAUUUCCCAUCAUGUACUGCAUGCAGCAGAAGCCUCUUGUUUCUUGAUAAAAUGAGCUGAGAGACAGUCAGCAGAUAUUUAAACACUGAAUCUCUAGAUGUUGACUUGCUGUUCCACAUGAAGCUGUGUGUUUUCUGCAGUUAAGCAUGCAUUUUGCUGUUCCCUUGUAAAAUACCAUCACACUUCUUGCCUGCAAAAUGGAUUCUUGUGUAUAUAUUUAAAAGAAAAGUGGAACCAAUAACAAGAUUCAAUUUGGAAAAGAGAGAAGGGGGUGUGCUGAAAACGGGACCAGUAGGGGGAAUAGAGAAUUCUCUAAAUUGUACAUAGUGUGUAAAUUAGCAUUACUCUAAGUCUGCAGUCACUUUGAGGUUGCCUAUCUCCUGCUAGGAACUUAAAUCAGCUUUGAGUUGUAUUAAACUGUUAGAAUUAGGUCUUGAAUGCAGACUGUUAAAGACUUCAAAAACAUUACGCUUACAAGAAGCUUCUGUUCUGGGGAGGCUUGAGACCCCUUUUGUAACUCUGGGGAAGAAAGGAGUGCUUUCAUUUUAAUAUGCAUUCUGUUUGUAAGUAGUAACAGACCCUAUUGAUGUAAAACUAUAACUGUGAUCAUGUGGAGAAAUCAAAUAAAUCAUUUAAAACUC